CUCCUCCUCCCCCCGUGGACCGGACCGCGGCGGACCCCCCAGGCCGCUCCUCCUCCUCCCCCCGUGGACCGGACCGCGGCGGGACCCCCCCAGGCCGCUCCUCCUCCUCCCCCCGUGGACCGGACCGCGGCGGGACCCCCCCAGGACCCCGGGCUGCUGCUCCCCGGGGAGACGGUGGUGCGCGAGGGCAAAGCGUCCAUCCUCUUCCCCAGCGCCAACGAGGUCUUCUACAACCCGGUCCAGGAAUUCAACCGAGACCUGACGUGCGCCGUGAUCACGGAGUUCGCCCGAGAGGUGCUGGCCCAGCGCGGGGUCAGGGUGGAGGUGUCUGGGGAGAGGGAGCCCGUGGUGGUGUCCCUGUCGGAGGAGCAGACAGGUGCGGAGCCGGAGGAGCAGACAGGUGCGGAGUCGGAGGAGCAGACAGGUGCGGACGAACGAAACGAAGAAACAGAGGAGACGAACGGAGGAGCGCGGCCGGUGCAGACGGCGAGAGCAGGAGAGAAAUGUGAGGUGGGUCUGCGUGUCCUGGAGGGUCUGGCGGCGUCGGGUCUUCGCUCGGUCAGAUUCGCUCUCGAGGUCCCUGGUCUCCGCAGCGUCACGGCCAACGACUUCUCGGCCAAAGCCGCCGCGCUCAUCGCCCGAAACGCCCAGUACAACGACGUGAGCCACCUGGUGGAGGCCAGCUGCAAGGACGCCAGUUUGCUGAUGUACGAGAAGCGCGGGAGGAAAGACCGCUACGACGUCAUCGACCUGGACCCGUACGGAAGCCCCGCCCCUUUCAUCGACGCCGCCGUGCAGGCCGUGAGCGAAGGAGGUGAGGCCGGCUUCCCGUUCGCGCCAAAAACACCUGGAGUUUUGUUUUGUUUCAUUCACACGUGUUUUAACGCACAAACACUAAACAACAAACCGACAACAUUCAGUGUGGAGGUGUGUUUCACCGUCAGAGACGACUCCAACCCUCAGUCCAGACGGAAACAUCUGACUCGCUUCCAGGAAAAUCCUCAGGCCUUUUGGGGCCCCAAGGCCCGCGCCAAAGCCGGAGGAGGAAUCUCCACCGACCUGCAGGACAAACGGAAAAAGUUCCAGAACAAACGGAAAAUCACAGACUCUUCUGAACUCAAGAACUUCCCCUGUAAAAAGUUCAAACAGGGCACCUGUCAGUACGGGGAUCAGUGCUGUUACUCCCACGACCCGGAGCUCAAGGACCAGAACAAACCACAAUGAAACAAACCAAAAAAAAAACUUUAGUUCACUUUGAAAGAGCCGGAUUUUUAUUUUUCUCAUGUUUUUGGACAAAGACCCCUGGACCGUCCCCGGACCGUCCCCGGACCGUCCCUGGACCGUCCCUGGACCGUCCCCGGACCGUCUCUGGACAUUUGAAGUGUGGACGCAGAGACGAAGUGUUUUGUGUUUGUUUGUUCAGAUCAUUAAAGUCCUGAUGACGUCA